CUCUCGCUCGCUCACUGGCCUGGGGAGUCCCGGGCCGCACGCGGAGCAGGCCGGGGGGAGUUAAAAAGAAGAGACUAACAUGGUUGAAAACUCUCCAGCCCCAUUGCCUGAAAGAGCAAUAUAUGGGUUUGUUCUUUUCUUAGGCUCCCAGUUUGGCUUUAUGUUAUACCUUGUAUGGGCGUAUGUUCCUGAAUCUUGGUUAUUCUCAGUGGGACUAACAUACUGGCCUCAAAAGUACUGGGCAGUUGCUUUGCCUGUAUACCUUCUAGUUACUUUAGGAAUUGGCUAUAUAUUACUCUUUGGUAUUAACAUGAUGAGUACUGCUCCACUCAACUCCAUGCACACCAUUACAGAUAACUUUGCAAAAAGUCAGCAGCAGAAGAAAUCUCAAGAAGAAGCAAUCCCUGCAUUGAGGGAUAUUCCCAUUAGUGAAGUAAACCAAAUGUUUUUCCUUGCUGACAAAGGCAUUUGUAACAGAAAUUAAUUGGAACCAGACCCUGUUAGAAUAAGACACUACAGUACUACAAUAAUUUUUAGAAACACAUUGUAAGAAAAGUCAAAGGCUUGUCAGUGCUAAGAAAUCUAACUCUUUCAACAACUGGAAUAGAUGAAUUUGUAUCUAAAUUAAGCUGUGGUCCGCACUGGUUCACCUUGUGUGGCAUAGAGUAC